AUUUCCUCUCAUUGACUUGUUUCCCACAACCAGAAUCUUUCCUGAUGUACUCCUCUCUUUCUGCAACACACCAGAAGCUCAAGAGAGAGAGAGAGAGAAAGGGAGAGAGUUGCUGCAUUUGUAUGGAGAUUCUUUCUAUUUUCUGUUACAUCUUGCUCUUUCUCUCUACUCUUCUUUCUUAUCCCUUCUUAUUUUUAAAGAAACAAAAGAAGAAAGUAUCAAAGCAAAGAGUUUAUAAGCUUCCCCCAGGCUCAAUGGGGUGGCCUUAUAUUGGAGAGACUCUCCAACUCUACUCCCAAGACCCCACUGUCUUCUUUGAUUCAAAACAGGAAAGAUAUGGAGAAAUAUUCAAAACCCACAUACUUGGGUGUCCUUGUGUCAUGCUGUCUAGCCCUGAGGCUGCUCGGUUUGUGCUGGUGACUCGGGCUCAUUUGUUCAAGCCUACGUACCCCAAGAGUAAAGAGAAGAUGAUUGGCCCUUCUGCGCUGUUUUUUCACCAAGGAGACUACCAUGCUCAGCUGAGGAAGCUGGUUCAGAGCUCACUAUCUCCAGAUUCUAUUCGGAAACUAGUCCCCAGUAUUGAAGCCUUGGCUAUUUCUGCUUUGGAGUCAUGGGCCGGCGGGCAGGUCAUUAACACCUUUCAUGCCAUGAAGAAGUUAUCUUUUGAUGUUGGCAUUCUUUCUGUUUUUGGUCACUUGGAGGGUAAUUACAGAGACGAGCUUACCAAGAACUACUGCAUAGUAGACAAAGGUUACAAUUCCUUUCCCACAAAUAUACCAGGAACGGCAUACAGCAAAGCAAUCCUGGCAAGGAAAAGGCUUAAUCAGAUUGUGAGAGAGAUCAUUUGUGAGAGGAAGGAGAAGAGACUGGUGGAAAAGGAUCUGUUGGGCCAUCUACUGAACUUCAAAGAUGAAAAGGGGCAAAUUUUAACUGAGGAUCAAAUCGCCGACAACAUCAUUGGCGUACUGUUUGCUGCUCAGGACACAACGGCUAGUGUCUUAACUUGGGUCCUCAAAUAUCUCCAUGAUGAUCAGAAACUUCUAGAAUCUGUAAAGGCUGAGCAGAAAGCAAUAUUUGAAUCAAACAGUGGAGGAAAUCGGCCUUUGACAUGGGAUCAGACUAGAAACAUGCCACUUACUUAUAGAGUCAUAUUAGAGAGCUUGAGAAUGGCAAGCAUCAUAUCUUUCACCUUUAGGGAAGCCGUAGUUGAUGUAGAGUACAAGGGAUAUCUCAUUCCAAAAGGUUGGAAGGUGAUGCCACUGUUCAGGAACAUUCAUCACAAUCCGGAAUUCUUCUCUGAUCCUCAGAAUUUCGAUCCAUCUAGGUUUGAGGUUGCUCCGAAACCGAAUAGUUUUUUGCCAUUUGGUAGUGGAGUCCAUGCUUGUCCUGGAAAUGAGCUUGCCAAGCUUGAGAUCCUUAUUUUGACUCAUCAUCUAGUUACCAAGUUCAGGUGGGAAGUGGUGGGAUCACAAGGUGGAAUUGAGUAUGGACCAUUCCCUGUUCCUCAGCGUGGACUCCCAGCCAGGUUUUGGAAACUGGAAAGCAAGAAGAGUGCCCCUUAAUUCUAGAUGACUUCUCCCACUAUUGUAUUAAUUAGUCUCCAAACCAACCCUUCUUUUUUGGGGUUGGUUCCUAUCUCAUGUAAUUUUUGGGCUUUCCCGUCUCUAAAUGUAAUUUGACCAUAUAUUAACAGAUGAGUACUACGGGGGGGAAUUUUUUCCAGCCCUUAAAAUCAA